GGUUAGCAUAGACAGUUCCUAAUUCGGCUAGUCACAUAUACACACAACACACACACACACACACACUUCCACAGUGCUGUAUCAUGUCGGAGAGCGCGUAUUAAAGUGUGUAUUGUCGGGUUUGAGUACACGGUGCAGUAUGAGUGUUGCGGGUUCUCGGCUGGCGCUGCUGCUGCUUGUCUCCACACUGCAGUGGAGUUUGUUCCGGACUCAGAGCUCCGGUGACGGCGCGUGGAAACAGGACCUGUGCAGGUAUAAAUGGGAGGCCAUGGACCAGGACAGCAAAAUAAAAUACACCCUGAAGCUGUGUUCUUCGUCUCCGGAGACGGCCUGCGGCCCGGACGCUGCCGUUUGCGCCCAGAAUCUCGACAGCGGCCAGAGCCAGUCAGUGGGUGAUCUCUCCUUGCAGACAUCCUCCAACUUCAUGCUCACUUUUAACAGCACCCGGGCCUGCCAAGGCGAGAGCAGCAAAGUGCAAAGCAGCAUCAGUUUCCAGUGCGGCAAAACAAUGGGGACGCCGGAGUUCGUCACAGUGUCUCAGUGCGUUCAUCACUUUGAAUGGAGAACUUACGCAGCCUGCAAAAGAGACAAGUUCAAACCACUUAAGGAGGUUCCCUGCUACGUCUUUGAUUCAGAUGGAAAAAAACACGACCUCAACCCCCUUAUCAAAGUCACAGACGGCUACCUGGUCGAUGACUCGGACGACAGCGUCGACUUUUAUAUUAACGUGUGCAGAAAUUUGGACCGAGAAAAUAGCCCAUGUCCGAAAGGCUCCGCCGCCUGUUGGACUAAAGAAGGCAAAUCAGUCAGCAUGGGGAAACCGGACAAGCCUCUGGAGGUCAUCUCUAAUGACAGGUUGAGGCUGCGGUAUGAGUCUGAAAACAAGACAUGUAAAGGGCACAAGCCUGCAGUCACCAUCACCUUCAUCUGCCCCUCUAAGAGACAGCAGGGAAGUGACCCCAAGCUGACCGCUGAGGAGAACUGUCGCUACGAGGUCGAGUGGGUGACUGAGUACGCCUGCCACAGAGACUACCUGGAGAGUCACGACUGUAAACUGACCAGCCAACAGCACGACAUCUCCAUCGACCUCACACACCUCGCACACGGCUCCGGAGACGAGCCCUAUUCUGCUGAGGCUAAGAUCGGGAAGGACAGCUACAUGUUCUAUCUUAACGUGUGUGGGGAAACCAGAGCCGGCGAGUGCUCGGACGAGAGGGGCUUCGUGUCAUCUUGCCAAGUGAAAUUCGGAGAAACUGUGAACAAAAUCGCGGGGAGGUUCCAGAAUCAAACUCUCAGGUACUCUGAUGGAGAUCUGACUCUCAUCUAUCCAGGAGGAAAUGGAUGCAGCUCAGGCUUCCGGAGAAUGACCAUCAUUAACUUUGAGUGCAACACAACUGCAGGGAACGGCUACCCGGUGUUUACAGGAGAGGCCGACUGCACGUAUUACUUUAACUGGCAGACGUCGUACGCCUGUGUAAAGGAGACCAAAGAACUGCUGUGCCGAGUCACUGAUGGCAAGAUGCAUUAUGACCUGUCCCGUCUCACUCGCUACGCAGCACCUGAUGGCAAGCAACAAAACUGGGAGGCGGUGGCUGCUAACGUUGCAGAGUCGGACAAAAAGCUGUACUACAUUAACGUGUGUAAUAAACUCAUCAGUGGGAAUGCCUCGUGUCCUGAAGAUGCAGCUGUAUGUGCUGUGGGGAAAGGAAAGUCGGUCAGCCUGGGUAAAUUCCUCUCCUCGCCGCAGAAAGACCUGAGGGGGAAAGACUUGCGGCUCAUAUACGCGGACGGAGACGAGUGCAGGACAAACACAAAGAUUAAAAGCAUCAUUACUCUGAAGUGUAAGCCCGGUGACAUGGACAGCGCCCCCAUCAUGAGGAGCGUGUCCAGCGACGGCUGCGUUUAUGAGUUCGAGUGGCAGACCGCCGCUGCCUGUGUGCUCACCAGAACCAAGGGGGAAGACUGUAAAGUGGAAAAGUCCACCGCAGGAAUUUCGUUUGACCUGACCCCGCUGAGGAAGGCUGAUGGAGGUUACUACAACAUAUCCAAUGACAAAUAUGACUACUUUAUUAAUGUAUGUGGGAGUGUUAAGGCUGCAGACUGCCCUGAGAAAUCAGGAGCCUGUCAGGUUGACAAGAGUACCAAGUCUAAUUCCUGGAACCUGGGCGAGUCUAACUCCAGUCUGUCAUAUUACGAUGGCAUGAUUGAGCUGGACUACGUAAAUGGCUCUCGGUACAACAACGAGGAACACACACAGCGCUCCACACACAUCUCCUUCCUGUGUGACCUAGAGGCCGGGCCGGGCAAACCUGAGUUUCAGGCUGAGGAUGAAUAUACCUACAACUUCAGAUGGUACACCUCUUACGCCUGUCCUGAGAGGCCACAGGAGUGUGUGGUUACUGACCCUGAUACCUUACAACAGUUUGACUUGUCUAGUUUGUCGAGGUCGAGCGGAGCCGCUAACUGGGAGGUCACGGACCCCACGAACAUGAGGACGUACUACAUCAACGUGUGCCGGCCGCUCCGACCCGUGCCGGGCUGCGACCGACUCGCCUCGGUGUGCCAGAUAAAAUAUGAGAGUGCUCAGGAAAAAGUGACCAUCAGUAACAUGGGCGUGGCUAAAAAAGGCCCUGUGAUCGUAGAGGACAAUCAGCUGAUGCUGGAGUACACGGACGGCUCGGCGUGCGAGCUGGACGGGAAUAAGCACGCCUACACCACCCGCAUUCACUUCGUCUGCUUGAAAGGAUCUGUGCAGUCGCCCGGUCCACGGUUCAUAUCAAAUCAGGACUGCACAGUGAACUUCGUGUGGGACACCGAGGCAGCCUGCGCCAUUUCAACUGCUGUAGACACCAAUCAGACUUGUUCAUUGAAGCAUCCCAACACCGGCUUUGAGUUCAGCCUGCUCCCCCUGGCCUCCGAAAACGCAUACAAGACAACUGCUAAUGGGAAAGAUUUCAUCGUGAACAUCUGCUCGGCUGCUCGGCAGUGCGGCGCGGACAAGCCAGACGCGGCAGGCUGUGUGGUGGAGGACGGCAAGCCUCAUAGUUUUGUAGGAGUGGAGAGAUCUCUGCAGUUGUCCACUGAUGGCCUGCUUACUCUCACUUACAGAGGAGAGCUGGAUAAAACCCUGGGCACCAGAGCCACGUUCACCAUUAAUUUUGUGUGUGAUCAGAGUGCCACUAACGGCUCCCUGAAGCUCAUUCGUGAGGAGAUGAGCACAUCCACACACGUGCAGCAUGACGUUCUUUUCGAGUUCUCUACAGCUCUGGCUUGUGAGCCUGCACCGGUAGAUUGCCGUGUCACUGACUCUGAGGGAAAUGAGUACGACCUGAGUGACCUCAGUCUGGAUAAUAAGGCCUACAUUCCCAUAGACACUUCCGACCAGGCCAAAUCUCAGAAGUUCUUCAUCAGUGUGUGUAAACCUCUGCCAUUUGUCCAGGGCUGCCCAGCCGGGGUAAUCGGAGCAUGCGGUCAGUUAAAUGGCCGAGGUGUGAACCUGGGCUUUGUGCAGUCCAGCCUGCAGGCCGGCUCAGAUGGCUCCAUCAGUAUCAUCUAUCAGAACGGGGAUAAGUGUGGCUCAGGGGGGCGUUACUCAACACGCGUGAUCUUCCAGUGUGACGACAGCCCUGGCUCACCAAUGUUUGAUCGUAAGGACGGCUGUGAAUAUGUCUUCAUAUGGAGGACCUCCGAGGCUUGCCCGGUGAAGAGAGUACAAGGUGAAAACUGUAAGGUAAAAGACCCCCGGAGUGGGUAUGAGUUCGACCUGACUCCACUGUCGGGGCAGGAUUAUGAGGUGAAGAGCUCGCAGUAUGAAUAUCACUUUGCUGUAUGCGGCCCUAUUAAGACAUCGGUGUGUCCACAUGGAACUGAAAACAUGGUCUCCUCCUGCCAAGUAGAGGGUACCAAUCACAGGAUUUCUGGACUGGCUAAUCAAAACUUGACGUUUGACGAUGGCAUUAUAAUGAUCAACUACACGCACGGGGAAACCUGCCACAGAAUUUAUCAGCGAUCAACAGCCAUUAUGUUUUCCUGUGACCAUAGCAAGAAUCCGGGGAAGCCAGUGUUUAUCAGAGAGACAGAAGAAUGCACCUACUUGUUUGAAUGGCGCACUGCUUUGGCCUGUCCUCCUUUUAAGACCACCAUCUGCUCCUACAAUGACGGCAGCGGACACUCGUAUGAUUUGUCCUCCUUGGCUCUGCACAGCAGUAACUGGGUGGUUGCUGAGAACAAAGACAAGCGCUACUACAUCAACGUGUGCAAGUCUCUCGUUCCUCAGAGCGGUUCAUGGGGCUGCCCAAGCAGUGCUGCAGCGUGUCAGAAGACCGGUGAUACGUAUGUGAGUCUGGGAGAAGCUCAGUCUGAGCCACAGUGGGACAGAGACACACUGCUGCUGAGGUACACAGACGGAACAACCUGCCCGGAUGGAGACAGCAAACGGUCCACCGUCAUACGCUUUCAGUGCGAUCACAACAAAGUGAACUCAAAGCCCACUCUGAUCACUGCACUAGAGGACUGUGUGUACAACUUUGUGUGGUUUACCGCAGCAGCGUGUCCCCUUAACAGCACAGAACACGGAGACUGCAAGGUCAAUGAUCCACGCACAGGGUAUCUCUUUGACCUCAACUCACUCACUCAGGAAGGUGGAUAUACGUUGUACCACAGCGUAAACGUCAGGACGAUGUAUCGCCUCAAUGUCUGUGGCCCAUUAAAAAACACAGGCUGCAGUUCAGAAGCAGGAGUGUGUAUCAAAGACACGAAAACAGCUGUGAAUGGAGGAAUGUCCAGCAGGAAGCUGGUCUAUAAGGACCAGGUGGUGGAGCUGACGUACGAGGGCGGAGACGUCUGCGAGGCCAAUCCGUCGCUGAAACACAAGAGCAUCAUCAGCUUCAUCUGCAAGUCUGAGGGAGGCGGCACCAGCAAGCCCGUCCUGGUCGACUCGGACAAGGACACAUGCACUCACUUUUUUUCCUGGCAUACACCGCUGGUCUGCGAACAAAAGGUGAGGUGCUCUGUUUGGAACAAAACCAGCCUGAUAGACCUGAGUCCUCUGAUCCACCUCAGCGGGUACUACACCGCCACGGACGAGGACACUGGCGAGGACACGGACACGUCGCGUGUCUUCUACAUUAACAUCUGCCAGCCUCUCAAUCCCAUUCCAGGGGUCAAGUGUCCUCCUGGAGCGGCAGUGUGCAUGGACCCGCCUAAUGGAGACCCCGUCGACAUCGGACAUGCCACUUCCCCUCCGAAGUAUAACUCUGCCACUGAUGCGGUGGAGAUCGAUUUUAGCAGUACGACACCGUGUGCAGCCGAUCCCUCCGUCACCUACACCUCCAGAAUCAUCUUCACUUGCCAGAAAGGCACAGACCUGGGAUCUCCGGAGAUGAUGCGUCAGCAGGACUGCAUGUACGUGUUCGAGUGGCCGACGCCUCUGGUGUGUCCGGAGACGAUCAGCACGCAGGGCUGCAAGCUCAAAGUCUCCCAGCUGCAGUACACCUUUGACCUCUCGCGUCUGUCGGGAGAUGUUCAGGUUCCUUUUUCCUCCGGGACAUAUAAGCUGAAUGUGUGUGGGUCCGUGACGGACAAGGCGUGCAAAAAGAGUCCGGUGUGUUUGGUCUCCGGGACUUCGGCGUCCUCGUUUGGCCUCAGCCAGACCAUGAGUCUGAACUACAGCCGAGAGGAGCAAGCCGUCAUCAUGCAGUACGGAGGCGGAGACCCCUGUCCUUCAGUGACUGUAGAAGGAGCUGUGUGCAAGUUUCCCUUCAAUUUCCUCAACAAGUCUUAUUCUGAGUGCACAGAAGACGGCAGGUCUGAUGGCAGGAAGUGGUGCUCCACCACAGCUAACUAUGACAAAGACAAACAGUGGGGCUUCUGUUCUAAUGCGACCGCUAAGAGGCAGUCGACAAUCUUGUUCACGUGUGACCGCUCGGCGAAUCACGGCAAACCCCAGGUGCUCAGCGAGACUCAGGCUUGUUCCAGCACCUUCCAGUGGCGCACUAACGUCGUCUGUCCCCCGAAAAAGAUGGAGUGCAAAUUGGUGAGCCACCACCAAACCUACGACCUGCGCACUCUCUCGUCUCUCACCGAGCCGUGGAAGUUCAGCAGCGCCGACAAGAGCGACGCUUACUACAUGAACCUGUGCCAGGAAAUCCACGGAGGUCUGACUGAUUGUCCAGAGGGAGCCGCUGUGUGUCGCCGGCGCUCCAGCGGAAAGACGGAGACCCUGGGACGAGUAUUUACUCAGAGCAUGGGCUUAACCGAUGGAAAGAUACAGGUGAAUUACACCAUGGGGGACGCCGUGUGUGGGAAUUCAAAGCCAGCCAAGACCGUCGUUCAGCUGUCUUGCGGCAGCACCGUGGGUCGUCCGAAACUGCUGAAGGAGGAUAAGGCAACCUGUGAGUUCUGGGUGGAGUGGGAGACUCGAGCAGCCUGUGUAGUGAAGCAGCAAGGGGAGCAGGUGGAGAUGGUGAAUGGCACCAUCAAAGUUCCAGAGUCGGGAGCCGUGUUCAGCCUGGGAGAUCUCUACUACAGCCUCCACAAAGCCACCGGAGACAUCAGACCCAAUGGUGACACCUACAUCUACCACAUCCAGCUAUCGGGCAUCACGGACAGCUCCUUAUCCCAGUGCCUGGGCGCUAAUAUCUGCCAGGUGAAGGAGGGCGCCACCUACUGCCGGAAGAUCGGCUCCUCCAACAAGGCCAAGUACUACAUCAAAGGGGACAGUCUGGACGUCCUGGUGCCUUCGGAGUCUGUGUGUGGUCGUGACAAGUCUAAGACCAUGACGUCGGCCAUCUUGUUCCAUUGCAAGCCAGGGGCCGGAGUGGGCAUCCCCGAGUUCCUGCUGGAGACCGAUGGGUGUCAGUACUUGUUCGUUUGGCACACCAACAAAGUCUGUGAACUUUUCACCAUGAAUCAGCAGGUUAAGGACAACGAUGAUGAUGAUGAUGGAUUAUCAGGGCGGAGUCAGGCUGUGGGGGUGGUGCUUAGCCUGCUGCUGGUGGUGCUUACCAUCUGUAUGCUUGUUCUGCUGCUUUACAAGCAAGAGAGGAGGGGGCUUUUUAUACAGAAACUCGUCAGCUGCUGCAAACGCAGAAAUCAAGUGUCUUAUAAAUACUCCAAGGUGAACACGGACGAAGACGGCUGUGAGGACGAGAUGGAGUGGCUGAUGGAGGAGGUGGAGACUCCGGCGCAGACACCUCACGAGAACGGCCACAUCACCACCAAACCGGUGAGCGCCGACGCGCUGCGCUCCUUCUCCCUAGACGAGCAGGACAGCGAAGAAGAAGUUCUGACCAUCCCCGGAGUUCGAGUCCACUCGGGACGAGUCUCCGCUCCCUCUUCCUCCUCUCGUUUCCUGAAGAAGAACGAGAGCGACGAGGAUCUGGUAGGGCUGCUGGACGACACGGGGAGAAAGAACACGUCCAAACCGAGCUCCAGACAUCCGAAAAAAGCGCAGGGAGACCCAGACGACAGCGACGAGGACCUCCUUAAAGUCUGAGGAUUCCUCUCAUGAACUUCUGAACGUCCCUCUAAACUCCCUCUGGUCAUUUGGUUGAUUUUGUUUGUUUGUUUGUUUGUUUGUUUGUUUGUUUUCUAAAGGGAAAUCUAUUUAUAUCUGUUCAGUGCUUAUCAACGGACAGUCGAUGCCUUGGCGGUGAAAUUAUUUCAUCGUUUAAUUGUUUAGCGUUUUUCUUUCUCCGGGUCGGGUCAGUUUAAUUAAUGAAAAAUUGAUUUGCACAGAGAUGUUAUUGUACAUGAAGACACAAAAACAAAAUGUCUUAUGAUUUCGUUAUUUAAUUUCGUGGGUUGAUUUUUUUUUUUUUUUUAUUUGAUUUUUUUCGAUUUCGCUUUUAUUCAUCUCACUCAUUUCCAUGACAACCAGUAGCCGGUCGGGAAUAUGGAACAUCCUGUGUCCUGAGGUUUGCGGUAUUUUUGCACACGGAGCCAUGAGGCAUCGCAUUAACAUUUUCUCCCAUUUUUCUUUUCUCCGCUGUGUGCUUUUUUGCAGAACUUGCCUCACAGGAUUAAAAUGAAUAAAUAAAUAAAUCUGCUUCAUAUUUAUCGCUUCCUUUUUAAAAACGAAUCCAUUUCCAGUAAAAGUGUCCUGCAUUGCUUCAGCCUACCUUUUUGCCAUGAAAGCAUGCUGUAUAACCCGUACACCGAGCAUCCGCAGUAUUUUAAUGCCGGGAGAUCUCAUUUCCCUCCACGAACUUACAGAACAUCAUUGUCUCAGUCUUUCUUUCAGCUUUUUUUUUUUUUUUCCUCCCCUGAUUUCUCUUUUUCAGGUAUUAUUGUUCAUGUUAAUAAUUGUUAAAUGAAUAGUUUGCACAGUUAUGUAUGUAAAAAUUCACACUUCUGAUGCACUCUGAUUAUUUUUUCAGCACUGGAUGAGGGUUAAAAAGUUAAAAGGUGAUGAUAGCAGUGUGAUUUUUGGCCUUAGACUCAAGACUGUGACGCAUGUGAUGUUUUUGAUUUUUUUUUUUUUUUUUUUUUUUAUUAUUAUUCUGGAAACUUUUUUUUUUUUUUUUUUUUUCUUCUUUUUCUGCAAUUGUAGUCUUGAGAAAAUAUUACGGUUUGAUCAUAAACCAGCUUCCUGUCGAUUUGUCCUGAAGUGGCCUGUUCUUGACGUGGGACGUUAAUGUUUCAUACCGUUUCUGAAUGCGAUGCACUAGAACGACUUGUCUGAUAGGUUUUGUAAUGUGCCGAAAGACUACUAUUGAGGAAUGUUUGAAGGCGUCACUAACUCCAUGUUGUACACAUAAACUCGGUACGUGUUUAAUUCUGUUUAUUUAAUUUUUUCCUCUUUUUUUUAAAAAUCACAUAUGCAGAGCCUCCUAACUGAUGGCCCUGUUUUUGCCAAAAUUGCUUUAGAGUUGUUUGCUCAUGUGCUUUUUUUUUAUUUUUAUUAUUGUUCUGUAUUUAAAAAUGUUCAUACUGAGACAUUAUUUCAAUAAAAAAAGAACGGCUGUUAAAAUA